CUACGCGCAGACGUUGGACCAUGGGCUCGAGUAUAUCAGAAACGAAACUCUCCUCCAGAGAAAUAACUGCACAUGGCUUCUCUUAUCUACCUCGGACUGGCGUCCUUGAUAUCCAACGAUCAUGCAUCCCGUUCUUCAGCGGACGGUCUGAUCGUCCCCCGCAUUGACGUGGCGAGCCUGGCUGUGACUGGGGGCACCAACUCUGUUCGCGUUCCGGGUGGAUAUGUCCCAAAGAUCCCUCUCGCGGCGAUCGGUGUUGCACUCUUCGGGAUCUCUGGCAUCGUUCACUGGAUAUAUUACUUCACCGCACGUCCUCGCCGCAAGUUCACGUUGAGUCUGACGAUUGGCAUGUCCGCCAUGGCUCUCGGUUUUAUCCUACGAAUCGUCUAUGCCCUUGGAUCGCACACGCUGGGCAAGUACAUUGUCAUGGACCUCUUUAUCUUGCUUUCCCCCUGUCUGUUCCUCGUCACCGACUACGUGCUAUUUUCUCGCCUGGUCGCCACCUUCCAUACCGAGGUCGUCUCGCGCUGCCUGCUCAUCCGGCCAAGCCGGAUCACGCAUAUCUUCGUCUACAGCGACGUGUUGACGUUCCUCAUCCAAAGCACCGGAGGCGCGCUCAGUGCCGGGAAGAACGCGAACACGGCCAAGCUUGGUAGCAAUAUUGCACUGGCCGGGUUGGUUCUCCAGGCGCUUUCAUUCGGGCUCUUCACAGUCCUUCUGAUCGUCUUCUCGUGGCGGCUGGCCACCCAUUUCCCCCACAUCUGGCACUCAACAUCAAACUCGCGGGGAGCUUUCAGACUGCUCUCGACCGAGCCAAUCCAAGACUGGCGCAUCCUCAUCUACAUCCUUUACCUGACCUGCCUCGGGAUCCUCACGCGGUCCGUUUUUCGAAUCGUCGAGUUUGCCGGAGGGUAUCGCGGUUACGUGGCCAAUCACGAGGUGUUUUUCUACCUGCUGGAUGCGCUCCCCCUAUGGAUAUCGAUGACGUUGUUCUGCAUCAUCUGGCCCGCGCGAUGCAUCCCGGAAGGAGAGCCUGAGGGAGGUAAAGCCAAGAGCAUGAUACUCGCAGAGCGUGGGACUCCUGGGUAUGCCUCUUCACAAGAAGUCAAUUGAGUGCUAGAGAUUACUGUACUUGCAUAUAUUGUCAAUAUUAAUAGAGGAUUAUCGGAC